AUGUCGUGGGACGGUCCUCUCGCCUCCGUCAAGCUAAUCAUCCAAGGCAAAAACCUCGAGAGGCAAUUAAUUAAGCAGCAUGUUGAGGAGAAAGUGGGGAAAGCUGUUCAGAAACACAGCCAUCUCGUCAGGGAAGUUGAUGUAAGACUCUCGGUUCGUGGAGGAGAGUUUGGUAAAGGACCAAGGAUCCUUAGAUGCGAGGUAACACUGUUUACAAAGAAGCAUGGAGUUGUGCGCGGUGAGGAAGAUGCUGAGACGGUGUACGCUUGUAUCGACUUGGUAAGAGAGCCAGUGAUUGAGCCGGUUGUUGAGGACGUUUCUGACUCGAGACCGGGAGAAGAGGAGGAUGAUUUGAUCAAGGAGAUUGUCCGUACCAAAUACUUUGAGAUGCCACCAUUGGCCGUGGCUGAAGCAGUGGAGCAGCUGGAGUUAGUCGCUCACGAUUUCUACGGAUUCCAAAAUGAAGAAACUGGUGCGAUAAACAUAGUGUACAAGAGAAGAGAAGGAGGAUACGGUCUGAUAAUCCCUAAGAAAGAUGGCAAGUCUGAGAAAGUUGAGCCGCUUCCAACCGAGCAAUUGAAUGAACGCUCUAUCGCUUAG